AUGAAUGUCUUUUCCAUUCUCCUGGUAACCUGUCUACUGGGACUUUGCCAUUGCAAGAGGUCCAAAUUUGUCACUGAUAUACCAGUUAUUGAGGUUCUAGACGACUAUCCCGAAAUGGAGACAAGGAGAAGUGGAUCAAGCGGCAAGAGACUUGUCUGGGAUAUGGCCCAUGGAAUUGCCUAUGAAGAGGAGUAUACGCAAUCCUUGGCUCGUAGAUCUAAUGAUAGAAAGGUAGAAGAUGUGGCAGUGGACGAAUCUCCAGUUCCUCAAACAUCUAGACACACUACUACUUUGGACAUUUCUGAUCCAGAUAAAGACAAGUGCCCAUCCUUCGACUAUACUUUCGCUGGUAAUAUGAUAAGGCUGGUGGUUCCAAAAGAUGGUAUUAGCGUCUAUAAGCUCGUGAAUGGUAGGGAAAAGGUCUGGAUCGCUGAGGAGGAAGAAAAGUUUGAUCAUGCUAAAGUCUACCUAAACAAGGAUAAGAAGCCUGAACUGGUCCUUCUAGUAACUACUUUAUCUGGUACUCCUAAGGAAACUUAUCUUGAACUAAAGAAUGCUAAAUGGGUAUCCUGUGAUGAUCAUGAUGCAAAGAUGAGAAGUUUAGUUUCUACUGCAGAAUUCAAGGGGACUUUAAUCCUAAACAUUGAAGACGAUAAGGAUACCAAAGAAUGUACAAUCUUUGAAGUAGAAUUACUGGAUGUUGCCGCCAAGAAUUUCUUCCCUAAGCUUGGCCAUAAUAUAAUUGAAGUAAAGGAUGGAGAUAAAAGACUAUGGGCUGGUAGAGACAGUGACUAUUGCCUUUCUUGUGUGUUAUACGAUGAGGAAGAUGUACAACUACUUGAGGUGACCGUUCUAGAGAAUAAUUCGAGGGAAAAGAAGUACUUUGAAAAGGUAAAUGGAGCAUGGCAGGAUAUCGACGAGACAAAAUUUGAUAAGGAGAAAGGGAUUAGAGGAGGAAAGUUUGUAAGCGCUUUCCUGGACAAGGUAGAUGAGUCACUCUUUGAUGUCUUGGGCUCUUUGGAAGAUGGUGUAAAUGUUCUGAGGCUUCUGGCAAAGGAAGGUACCUCUAAACUUACUUAUGGAUCCGAUACAAUAUGGCCAGGUAAGAAGGAUGUGAUGUGUCUCUCAGCUAUCUUGUAUAUGGACGGAGACCAACCUACUCUUGCCGUUAUAAAGACCAAGGACUCAGUGAUCUACAGAUACCAUGAUGGAAAGCAGUGGCAGAAUGGCAGUGAAGGUAGGCAUAAAAUUAGACUCAAAAAACUAAAGGAGAAGUAUGAACCCGAAAAAACUCUAGAUAUUUCGAAGGGAGAGAAUACAGAUGUAGGCAUUUAUUCUUCUAAUUGUAAUGAUGGCACAUCUAUAGGGAUUUUCGAUCCCAGAAGUACCAGAGUAACCAAAGUAGUGGAUGGCGAAAAUGUUAUUUGGCAAGCUGGAGGGAAUGAGAAGAACUGUACAUGGGCAGAAAUUAGACUUGAAGGUGAUCAAGAAACAUUGAAAUUAGACAUUCAAAUGAAUAAGGAAAGAAAAGUAGAAUUCAAGAAGGAAUGUGGUAAAUGGAAGAGGAUUUCGGAGGCUAUGGAUUAG